AUGAUUUCUUACUUCUCACCCCUCCACUCUCCUUGGUCACCGUCGAACAUCACAGCUAUCGCUCUCGCCCUCUCGGCUUUCCUCAUUAUCGUCAAGAUCGUCUAUCGCCUCGCGUACUCUCCCCUUCGUUUCAUCCCUGGUCCUUGGUAUGCCGCGGUCUCCGACUUCUGGCUAUUGACGCACGUUGUCCGCCUCCGUCAAUGCUUCGUCGUGGACAAAUUAUUUGAGCAGUACGGUCCCGUCGUCCGCAUCGGUCCGAACAAGGUGGCUUUUUGUGAUCAGCAGACUAUGCGCAGUGUCUAUUGUGUCCAUAAAUUCGAUAAAAGCUCAUUAUACAAGGCUUUCCUGACUAAUGACAACGACCAUGCUAUGACGACACUGCGGCAUUCUGCACACGCCACUCGCAAGCGCGGCUACUCUCCUCAUUACAUGCCAUCUAACUUGGCACUUUUCCAACCUGAGAUCCAGGAUUCUACUCUGGAGCUCAUUCGGAUGCUCGGAGAGAACGGUGGAAGGACGAAGCUCGAUUGUCUCGUUCUGUUCCGGCACCUUCUGGUCGACAUCAUCUCGGCGGUUUCCUUUGAAUACCACGUAGGAGCACUAGGCAAGUAUGCUCUCGGUGUAGAAGAGCCGCUCACGACGGCCAUCAACGAUUUUCCGAAGCGGGGCGUUCUGCGUGGUGCCGUUCCAAGCUGGGCGUGGUCUGUCCUUUGCCGUAUACCGAUUCACCGAUGGCAACAAAUCUGCGAUUCAGACAAAAUAAUGGCAGGAUUUGUCUCGUCUCGGGUGUACGGUAUCAGCGGCCAGAUCAAGGCAGGCAUUAUGGACGAGUCGCACCGACCGCCUUUGGCGCAUAGGCUGCUCAAUCAUAACAUUGACGCCUUCGCGACCGCGGACUACCGUAACAUCAUAUCGGAAUGCAUGGGGCACCUGAUUGCUGGCGUGGAUACCUCCAGUAACACCUUGUCUUACCUGUUUUGGGAGUUGAGCCGUAGGCCGGAUAUUCUCAAGAAACUGCAGCAUGAACUGGACGAAGUCAUGACCGAAGGGAACACCAUUCCGGACAUCACCACCUUACAGAGCCUGCCGUACCUCGCCGCGUUCUUGAAAGAAGGUUUGAGAAGAUAUGGCGCCGCGCCCAGUCUCCUCGAGCGGGUCGUUCCUCGACCCAAGGUCGCAGGGGAUGCAGGCUUCGACCUUCUUGGCUUUUCACUUCCUGCCGGUGUCGUUGUCGCUACACAGGCUUGGUCGAUGCACCGGGAUCCAACGGUCUUUGCCGAUCCAGACGCCUUCGAACCCAAUCGUUGGCUGAUCAACGAGCCCGACGUGCUUGCUCGCAUGCACGCCCACAUGAUACCAUUCGGCGUAGGCUCUCGCGUUUGCGGCGGCCAGAACCUCGCGCAGCUUGUUCUGCGAAUUGUUGUCGCAUCUAUUGUUAGGAACUUCGACAUCGUGGCACCCGGGGAGACCACGGAGAAGAGCAUGGAAAUCUGCGACGCUUUCGUCAUAUUUCCCGCAUCCAUGCGCUGCAACGUAUGGUUCAAGCCCAGAGAAUACUGAACAGAACAUGAUACCUGAUCUCUCACAACUUCUAUACAACUACAACUCUCCU